AUGGCGGGUAAGCAACAACAAGCCACGAAAUCCAGGGCAUUAAGCGGCAACAACAGAGACGGGUCGGAACCCGACCAUCCUCAGCCGCGACUACACACCAUGGAGGAGCGGAUAGGGAGCAUGGAGGGUCAGUUCAAUCCCUUGAUCGGACGAGUCGAAUCCCUAGACCAGAAGGUCACGGACGUCACCAAGCUGAUGGCGGAAGGAUUUGCGGUGGCGGAGGCACGGAAUGAGCAGCGAUUUGCGGCUCUGGAAGAUCUAGUGCGAACCAUCGCAACCCAGACAAUCGCGGCAAUGGAUCGCCGGCUGGAGGCCUUGGACGCCAAAUCGCGCAUAACGGCAGCCCGACCGCAACCCCAAUUGCGGCGACAACCCGCAAGCAAGCUCUAG